AUGGGACAAAAAGGAGGGAGAGAUGCAUUUGUUUCCCAAGGUUUUGAUACUUGGAAUAAAAAAGAUGCAUUUCGGAGUCAUGUGGGUGGUGUUGAUAGUUUUCAUAACAAAGCAAGAGAAAAGUGUGAGUUUUUAAUGAGGGAAAAACAAGCAAUUAAUGUAGUCUUGAGGAGGCAAACCAAAGCGGAGGACAAUAAAUAUAAAGCUCAAUUACGUGUUUCUAUUAUUGUUGUUAGACUUUUAUUAAAAACCGGUUUACCGUUUCGUGGUCAUGACGAGUCGGUUAACUCGGAAAAUAGAGGGUUUUACAUUGAAGUGUUAAAAGCCAUUCGAGAGACUAGUGAAGAGAUUUUUAACAAUACUUUAGAAAAUGCUCCUAAAAACAAUCAACUAAUUUCCCCUAAAAUUCAAAAAGAACUUGUGCAAUGUUUUGCACAAGAAGUACUUUUGAGUAUUCAUGAAGAGAUUGGUCAAGAUGUUUUAAGAAUUGAUGAAUCUAGUGAUGUUUCAAAAAAGGAACAAAUGGCUAUUGUUUUGCGUUAUGUCGAUAGUCUUGGCAAUAUGCAAGGGGAAUUCAAUGGUUUGAAAGCUUUGAUAUUACAAGAGAAUGACACGGCUUUUUAUGUACAUUGCUUUGCACACCAACUUCAACUAGUAGUUGUGGAUGUAGCAAAGAAACAUGAUGGAAGAGGGUUAAAUCAAGAGACUACACUUGUUCGAGCGGGAGAAACAAGAUGGGGUUCACAUUUCAACACACUCACAAGUUUGAUGAAGUUGUUUGCGGAUGUUCUUGUAGUUUUAGAUUUUGUGAAAGAGGAGGGAGGGUCAUUGGCAAACCAUCAACAAGCAUCUGGAAUCUUAGCAUAUUUUAAAUCAUAUGAGUUCGUGUUUUACUUACAUAUGAUGUAUGCCAUUUAG